AGUUAAGUUAAGUUAAGCCUGGGUGAGACUUUGCAUUCGUUUCAUUUUACCCAUUCCCUUUCGCCUCUUCGUUUCUUCUCCACCCUCCGAUCCCCUCGCCCCAUCGCCGCCGUUUGUGUCCGUGCCCUACCACCGACCGACCAACCAACGCCGCCGUACGGUCGCCGCCGCAGUCAUCUCUCUUCUUCCAUCUAUAUCUAUAUAUAGUUUGUAUAAUUUUUCGUUUGUUCGAAUUUGUCUCUCGCAGAUCGAAGAUCCAGUUUUCUGUCGCUGACUUCGCGGUUGGUUCCAACUCUUUUUGCCACAUCAAAUUGUUUGGAUGACAUUGGCACGCCAGUUGACCAAUGAAUUCAAAUAUGAUGGCUGGAGAGCGAAGGUGGGCUUCUGCCAGAAGGGGUGGUAUGACUGUCUUAGGAAAAGUUGCUGUUCCCAAACCCCUGAAUCUCCCAAGCCAACGGUUGGAGAAUCAUGGUUUGGAUCCUAAUGUUGAGAUUGUUCCCAAGGGUACUUUAAGCUGGGGAAGUCGCCCAUCUUCCUCUGGUUCAAACCCGUGGAUCUCAUCUACAUCGCCAAAUGCUGAUGGAGGUACUGUUUCACCUAAUCACCUCAGUGGUCGACCUUCGUCAGGUGGAAGUGGAACUCGACCAUCAACGGCUGGCAGUGAUAAAGCUCAAGAAUCCGUUGGGAAUGCCUGGGGUUCAAAUUCUAGGCCUUCAUCUGCCUCUGGGACUUUGUCAUCUAGUCAGACAUCAACAGCAACCUUGCGUCCUAGAAGUGCAGAUAACAGGCCUAAUAGCUCACAGCUAUCUAGGUUUGCUGAGCCUGCGACCAAAGGUUCAGUAGCAUGGGGUCCGAGUGGUACUGCAGAAAGAUUGGGAGUGAAGCCCAAGGAAGAUGAGUUCUCUUUGACUUCUGGGGAUUUUCCUACUCUUGGUUCUGAAAAAGACAAUAUAGGAAGGAAUGUUGAAUCGGGAGAUUGCUGCCGUCCUAGUUCUGCUUCUGGCAGAAUACCUCAAAUUAAAGAUGAUAUGAAGCACGGAACUGUAAAUACAUGGAGGCCGGAUGGUACCCGGAUCACAGAAGAUGAUGUCCACCCCAACAUGGAGGAAUGGCAUGCGGAACACCAUCAAUACAUGAAAACUAAUGCUCCCCCUCAGCAUUUUGAUGCAUGGCAUGGCCCUCCUGCGAAUGGUCCACCAGGUGUUUGGUAUGGAGGACGUCCUAGGGCUCCUGCAUUUGGGGCUCCUGCUCCUCCUGGUGGCUUUCCAGCAGAACCAUUUCCUUAUUAUCAUCCUCAGAUGCCACCACCACGUAUGGCUGGUUCACAACCUGUCCCACACCGGGGGCCUGGUCCUAGAGGACCUCACCCCAAAAAUGGAGAUUUUUACAGGCCACAGAUGCAUGAUACCUAUGCACGACCAGGAAUGCCAUUUAGACCUGGUUUCUACCCGCCACCCCCUGGCCCAAUGGCCUUUGAGAGUUUCUAUGGACCUCCAAUGGGUUACUGCAACAAUGAACGGGAUAUACCAUAUAUGGGCAUGGCACCAGGACCACCUCUUUAUACUGGUUAUGCUGCCGGACGUCCUGAUAUUGGUGACCCACAUGGCAGAGUUGGUGGACAUCAAGUGGGAAAUACACCAGGACAAAUGGAAGCUGAUUAUUUAGAGGAUCCACAAGGAUCAAAAAGAGCUCCUCUAAGGAAACACAAUGAAUAUGAUGAUCAAAGGGAUGAAGGAGACAGUCAGAAAAAUACAAUGCAACCCAAUGCCACAUAUCCUGGAAAAAAUCUCCUUCCUAUGAUCUCCAAGACAAAUGAGUGGGGUGCUGAGGUGGAUGCAGAAGAAUCUAUUAGUUCCAAGAAGGCUAUGCCAAAUGAGAUUUCAUCUCUCAAUUUUGGGCAUCAAGUACAUUCAGGAGACAUUAUGAAAGUGAAAUCAUUUGAAGGAACUGGCAAUGCGAAUGCAGUUAAUGAUUAUAGCAGAAAUGAGUCUGGGGAUGAGCCAUCUUUUCGUCCGGAAAUCCUUUCACAUGGAAGUGAGAAAGAUUCAUCAAAAUCUGCUGUUGCUAUAAAAUCGGUUCUUAUGCAUAAAAUUGAUGGUCUAAAUGCAAAGGUUCGUGUGUUUGAUGGGAGAAAUGAUGGACCCAGUGCUUAUAAUAGAGAUGUGGAUAAGGACAAGUCUGGCACAGUGGAUUCAAAGAGCAAUAACAAUACUGGUGAAGUGGGUAAUACUGAACAUUUACAAAGGAAUCCAUACCCCAAAAGUAUUAGCUCUGGUCAGCAUGAAGUGGAUGGUCCUGUUAGUGAUAAGCCAAUACAAUCGAAUGCUGUUGUGUCUAGGAGAACAUCGCAUGGUAGGCAGGGUAGAGUUGAUCAGCGUGGCAGAGGAAAAUUCAGUCAGGACCCUGAUGGGUGGAGGAAGAAACCUCCUAACACUGACUCUUUGAAUGAAGUUCUAGCUUCCAGUAUUGAGCCGGAACCUAGUAUCAAGGCACAUUUACCUAAUGUUGCUGUGGAAGCUUCUGAGACUUCUUUGAUCAAUCCAACAGAUAGGCUUGAAGUAGACUCGGUCGAAACAUAUGAUUCAUCUGACAGUCAGCGUACCAAGAUGAGAGAGUUAGCAAAGCAGCGAGCAUUGCAACUACAGAAGGAAGAAGAAGAGAGAACUAGGGAGCAGAAGGCCAAGGCUUUGGCAAAAUUGGAAGAAUUGAAUCGACGGAUGUCAACAGGUGAAGCUGGAAGCCAGAAGGAUGAACAAGUUGAGGUCACUGGGGACAUCCAGAGAAAACAAGGAUUGCUUGCAGGUGGUGAAUCAGUAGUGGCUGAUCAGAUGUCUCAGGCACCUGGCUUGAAUCUGGUCUCCAAUCCUAGUGGGACAUUUGCAGAUGAUGACAACAAUGCAAAAAAAGCUGAAGAAAACACCAACCCAUUGGAAUCUAGUAUCACCCCAGUGCUUACGCAUGAGGAUGCUCGUGAUAAAGCCCAGAAAGAAUCAUCUCAGGUUAAUAAUGAAGGCAUCUCUAGACACAAGAGGACAGGCUAUAAGCAGAAGACUAAUAAUUCAUCGCAGAAGAGCUUAAAUGAAAUACCUGUUUCCAAAGCUGCAUCGGAUACACAGAAAGAUCCUUUUGCUGCAGCUGCAGGUGAUACGACAAUAUUUAGGGACGAGUCAAAUGUAUCCAACCCAUCCAGCAUUUUGGCUGAGCCGUCGUCUGGUCAUCAAAGAAGGAAAAACAAUAGAUCUAAUAAGAAUAAGCACAAAGUUGCUGAGAACUCAACGAAUCUUGCAUUGCCACAAGUACUUUCUGACCCCAAUGCCAAAAAGGUGACUUCUGAGACUGGCGAGUCUAAGAGUUCUUUGUCAAAUGUGGAUGGCUGUGUACUGAAUGUUGCUGCAUACGAUGGAGUGCAGGGCCAUGCUCAGGGUAGUGUACCCAGUGAGGAAAUGCAUGGGAGAGGAUCCAACCAGUGGAAACCUAAUACUGUGCGCAAAAUACCUAGAACCCAGCAGUUUAAUAGAUCCAUGGGAAAACUCCACAGUAAUGACACUGCUGUGUGGGCACCUGUGCCGACGCAGAACAAGAGCAAGGGUUCGGUUAGUGAAACUCUUAACUUUAUGCAGGAAUGCCCCGCUGAUGCUGGUCAAAAUUCCAUCCUUGAAUCAGCUAAUCCAACAAAGGGGGACAAUGCAGGACAGAGCAGUUUGAGAAGCAAAAGAGCUGAAAUGGAGAGAUAUGUUCCCAAGCCUGUGGCAAAGGAGUUGGCUCAGCAAGGAAGUGUUCAACCUUCUUCAACUAAGUCAUCUAGAUCAACUGAGGUUCCUGGGAAAGAACAGUCUGGUUCAGCUGAAUAUGUGGGUACCCAGCCUGUUUGGUCCAAUGUUGAGAAUGACGGCAAUGGUCAUCAUAGCAAGCCUAAAAAUGAUCUUGGAAUAUGGAAACAGAUGGGUUCAGCAGAUAUAUCUCUUGUUACAGGUUUGCAGUUUGGGGCCAUCCCAGCAUCUGAGAUUAACAGAGACAUUCAACAAUCUAAGGAGAGCUCUCAAUUGGUCAAAGUUGAGAUAAAUUCUUCAAGUGCUGACCCCAAAUCUUCUGGCAACAUCAAUACGCUAGGAAGUGAUACCUUACUAGAUAACCCAACUACAGUUUCUGGAAACAAAUAUUCUUCUUCAAGAGAUCAUGGAGCAACUGGGAGAGGAAAGAGACAUCCCCCCAGGGGUUAUAGAACCACGGGAAAGAAUCCUGAUUCUGAGACUGGUUUUGGAGUUGAACCUGAUGGAAGCUCUAUUCAUUCUGCAGCACCUAAUGUGAACCACACAGACAGACCAGUGGUUUCGAAAGAGAACAGAACUAUUGGGGAACGAACAUCGUCACAAUGGCAACCUAAGUCUCAGACACACUCCACCAAUACUCAGCAGGGGAACAGAACUGAAUCUGAGACUCAUGUGAUCAAUAGGCCUGCAAAGAAGGAUAACUCUCACCGUAAAGUUCAGCCUGCACAUUCCCAUGAUAAUGAGUCAGUGAAUGCUUCUCAACCAAAACAAGGUGAAUCUGCCAACGUUGAAAGUAAUACGGCUGAGGCCAUUAUAGGCCAUCAUCAAGAAACUAGCAGAGAGAAGCCUGCUCCUGCAAGAAGGCGACCUUUUUCCCCAAACCAGGACUCUGUAGACUCUGGCGAAUUGGUUCCUAAUGCUCACACUGAUUAUCAGGUUGACCACAAUAUUCCUUCUGGAUCUAGAAGAAAUGCGAGGCAAAACAGCCGCUUCUCCAAGGGGCAUGAAUCUCGCAAUGAUUGGUCAGCAAGCCAUGAUAAUACUAGGCCACACAACCCACCAUCAUAUCGUGACAGACAGAGGCAAAAUGUGCACUAUGAGUACCAGCCUGUUGGUCAUCCUGCAGACAGAGCAUCUGAGAGUAUGGACCGUAGACACUGGGAAAGAGGCCAGAAUCACCACCCCAAGCGCGGCGGCGGAAAUUAUUACAGGAGACAAACACAAACCGGCGGCUCUGUUCAUACAGAUUCUCAGGAGUGAGUGGGAGAGGCAUGAGAUUUGAGCACUAGAUUCCUUUCUGUAUGGCCACAACUAAUUCAUAUCAUUGUGCGUGUAGACACCCAUCCAGGAUUAGAGGCCAGGUUAGAAGCACACCAGGGGGGGGAGGGGAGAGAUGCAUUUUGUUAGAACCACAACUGUAAUUGGUUUCAUGAGGUACCUGAUGGCAUUGGUGGUUUACCCACCUUAGCAGAUGUUGAACCUUAAUAUAUACAUAUAUUUGGCAGUAAAAAUGUGUGCUCCGUCUAGGAGUAGGUUGAUGUUGAUGCCGAUGUCAAUGUCGAUGUUGAUGUGGAUACAGAUUUAAGGGCAGAUUGUAGGGGGUUGGUCGAUCUUUAGGGCCGUGGUUUCUGAAUGUGUUUUUUUUGGCUGAAGAUUGUAUCUGGUCUGGUCAAUUUGUCUUGUGGCAUUUUAUGUGGUGUUUUUUGGUGGGAUUUUACUGACUGAUGACAUAUAAUUUCCCUAGCCAGUAUUUUGUGAAAUUUAAUUGCUGUGGCCAUAUCCUUUUAAGAAGCACUUUUGUGCAGUUUAUGCCA